AUGAGACAAAAAUCUCGUACAGUCCAUGAAGGAGUGUAAAAUACAUUAUAAAGUGUCGAUUACAAUGAAUGCAUAUACUAAUGUAUUCUAACAAAGAAAAAAUUUAUUGGUAAGGGUCCAAGGUAUAUCUACUUAUUUAAGAAUCACAUCUGUAUUGGAAAAGUAUGGAUAUUAUUAUAUGACAACAGUCUCCUAAAGUGUAAAUUCCUGAGAGAUAGUUUGUAAUCAAUACAGACACUCGUAUUUAAUGGCAAUACUCUAAAAAUAUGUUAAAAUCAAUAACAUUUUAAGUUGGAAGUCAUUCAUAUGAAUAUUUUGGAAGUAACGAAUAACUAAGGGAAAUUAAAUAAAAAUUUGCUUUGUAUGCAUUUCAAAUGAAAAUACAAGAUGAAUAUUAAGCUGAAUCCGUUUUAGGCAAGGGUUCCUAUGCUACUGUACUUGAAUUAACUAGUUUGUAUAAUCAUCAAUAAUAUGCGUCUAAAUGUAUAGAUUAAUAGAAAAUAAAUGAAAAAAAAAAUGGAUAUCGUUAAUUGAUGUAAGAGAUAGAAACCAUGCGAAUUCUCUCUGAACAUAAACAUUAGAAUAUACUCUAAUUACAUGAAUUAUAUAUAGGAAAUCAAAAUUAUUAUUUAGUUAUGGAAUUAGCAAAAGGUGGGUCUCUACUUUCAUUAAUGAAAAAGAGAUCUACCUUAUUUAGUAGAAAUGAUAUUAGAAUAAUUAUGAGAUAAUUAUUAGAAGGAUUGGAAUUUAUUCAUUCAUUCAAUAUAAUGCAUAGAGAUUUAAAACCAGAAAAUAUAUUAUUUAUGUCAAAAGAUUUGGAAUCUCUUAAAAUUGCAGAUUUUGGAUUAGCUUAAUCUUGUGAUUAACAUCCUUAUACUUAUCCUAAAUGUGGUACUCCAGGUUUUGUGGCUCCAGAAAUUUUAGAAUAAGAUUCAGAGUUUGCUAGAUAUUCAACUGUUUGUGAUAUAUUCAGUGCUGGUGUAAUACUUUAUGUUUUGUAUUAAAUUAUGCAAAUUUAGAUUAGUUGGAGAACCAUUAUUUGAAAAAAAAGAUAGAAGAGAAUAAUUAGAAUUAAAUAGAAGAUGUGAAAUCAAUUUUUAAAGAUUCUCAUAAGAUUAAUUGGAUGAUGUGGAAAGAGAUCUUAUGUCUAAAAUGUUAGCAAAAAAUCCAAAUCAUAGAUGGAAAGCUACAGAAUUACUUAAACAUAAAUUCUUUAUAUAAUCUGAAGAUUAAAUUGAAAAUGAAAUAGAUUAUCCAAAAUAAGUUAACAUGGCUAUGUAAUUUAUAUUUAUUCAAAUUAUAAAGAUUAAAAAAAUCAGCAAUGCCAACAUUUUCAAAAAAUCCUUUUAUGUAAUAAUUAAACAGAGAUAAAGCAUUAACAACAAGAGAUUAAAGUUAAACACUUAUUACAAGACCUAAGAAUUGUACAUUAAUUAUGUAGACAAAUCUAAAUUUUGAUAAAUCAUCAUAAGAAUAAAUUAUUCCACUUGAAAAACUUACCAAUUUUAUUGGAUCUUUUAAUAUAAUUAAGGAUGAAAUAAAUUAAUGA